AUGGGGAGUCCAAUACGAGAACAGCCGGUGUCGUCGGUCCCCCAAUCCCUCUACACAGAGCUUCAACCGCCUCCAUCACCACGCACCCACCGCGCCCUCCGUCGCCUCCAAUCCGCCCACGCCCUCGGCGCCGCCCAUCGCGCCUCCGCAGCCGCGGCCGCAGCCAUAGGCGUCUCACCAGGCGCAGGGUCGUCGCUCAUCUCUCAGCAGAGGCUCCAGCAGCAGCAACAGCAGCAGCAUCAGAGCCAACAGAGAAAUGCCGGUCCCGGAGGAGGCGCUGGUGGUGGCUCACCAACCCGCACUGUCGGCGCAGGUACUAGUCGUCAGCGGACGCGUGCCAACAGCGAUGCCACGCCUCCGCUCAUGCACCAGAUGAGCAUGAACUCUCUGGCUGCGCCACCGAGGACUGCGAAACGGACGGGACUGACAAAACCCGUCUUCUCGCAUGGACAUCUACCCCUUGCACAUAUCAUACGCGACGGGCCCGCGGAUGGGGACUACAUUGGUGCUUUGGAGAGUGCGAGGUGGAAGGUUAUCGACGAGGGAGUCAAGAGUGCAGAAGAUGGCAUGUCCACCACGAGAAUCUACGUCUGGCUCAUCCUCCUCGACGCCCCCAUCCUGUCGACGGAUGAUUACCUCUCCCUCGUCCACCGCGGCGCCUCACCAGUCUACUCGAAGAUCCGCAACGACACCUUCCGUACCCUAACCACCGACCCUCUAUUCCGCAGACGCGUCAGCGAGGCCAGCCUCAUCCGCCUCCUCAACGCUGCAGCUUGGAAGCUCCACGACGCCAGGGAGGAGGACCGGCUCGCCUUCCCGCGACCCAUACACCCGGAGAGCAGCAGACCGUCCAUGUCGCGUCUCAGUCUUGCCAGCAACGCAUCUGAGAGUUCCCAGAAGCUAGAACAGGGUGUCUACGUCCAGGGCAUGAACGUUCUGGCAGCACCUUUCCUGUACGCCGCCCGCAGCGAGGCCGAGGCCUUCGUGUCAUUCCACACCCUCCUCACCCGCGAGUGCCCCGGGUACAUCCGCGGUGCCAUGGACGGCGUGCACAGGGGGCUCAGCCUUGUUGACAAGGUCCUCGCCAUUGUCGACCCGAAGCUAGCAAUGUACCUCACCGCCAAGGGCCUGUCCGCCGAGAUCUACGCCUUCCCGUCCGUCCUCACCCUCUGCGCCUGCACGCCUCCCUUGCCAGAGGUGCUGCAGCUCUGGGACUUCCUGUUCGCCUAUGGGCCGCAUCUGAAUAUCGUGUGCAUCGUUGCCCAGCUUACCAUCAUGCGAUCGCAGAUCCUGGAGUCGCCAAGCCCAAACAAAGUCCUCCGGUCUUUCCCUCAGCUCAAUGCCAACCUUGUUAAGAGUGUCACCAUUGGCAUCAUUAAGAAGAUCCCCGAUGAAAUUUACGCCGAGAUUGUCAACCACGCUCUAUGA